GGCACCGCCGGGAAAGCGAAGGCUCCAUUCUGUGUUGGGACCGGCAUCGAGACAGCCAUGGCCUCCCUCAGACUGAUUGCGCUGGGCCUGCUGGCCGUGGUGGUGAUCACGGAGGCCCUGCCCGUGCCCCAGUCGGUGGUUCCGGACGACGUGGCCGCCGGUGCGCCGGAGGAGGCCCGGCUGAAGAGGGAGGGCCCGCCCGUCCGCCUCCAGGCCCAGGCCCGCGACGACUCGUACGGACAGCCCGCCUACGCGCCGGCCCCCUCCUACCACCAUAAGGGCGGCCCCGUCUACGUCAAGACGUUCGUCAAGACCGACUACGACGGCAACUUCAAGUGGGGCGUCAAGCACAACAUCGAGAACAAGGGCUACCACUGAGGCCGGCGCGUGACGAAGGCGACGCUGUUGGUCGGAGGACGAUUCGAGACGCGGUUUUGAUGUUGGUGCGCACUAGUCGAGGUGUAGCUGAGGCGAAGGUCUAGCUGUUAAAUGGUUCAACACGUGACGUCAUUGCAAGGGGAGUGUGAUACUGGCUGCGCGCUGUGAGAUAUUGUGUACAAUAAGACCCUUUGUUAUGGAUAAGUUAUUUCUUAAUAAACUCUGAAAAACCC